GACCUCUCCGCGGUGCCAGCAGCAACACGGGUCGAGCUGGACGACGUGGGUAAAGACAUCCAGGGCUUGAAGGACAGUUUGAUGCGCAUCGCCAGGAGCGCCAAGCUCUCCGCCAGCGGGUCACCAGUUGCCUCGACGCGGUCGGGGUCGGAGGGCGCGGCCGGCGACGUCGAGGAUGUGUUCCACACCCUGGCGCCCGACACAGUGAAAGCUGCGGAGGAACGUCUGGCCGGGAUCGACCGCGCCGUGACGGAGGUCAACCAGGCGUACGCCGAGCUGGCGACGUGGUAUGGAGAGAAGAGGGGCAACAAAUCAGGGGAUCUGGCCACGCACGAGUGGUUGGGGUACAUCGACAUAUUCCUGCAGGACCUGCAACGCUCGGAGGCGGCCCGCAAGGUCCACAUGGAGAAGGUGCAGCGCCAGGCCCGCAGGAAGAAGCAGGCCGUGCGCAAGGCCGCCUCGCAGCCUGCGCCACGGCCCGCCGAGGACGCCGCCGCGGAGGGCGGCCGCCGCCCGGAGGAGGCCGCGCUCGGCGUCGUGCCGCCGCUGGAGCGCCUGGCCGAGGGUGGACCUGCUCAGCCCGAAGGCAGCCCCCCGCUGAGCAGCCCCAGCAGCAGCCACGGCAACACGCGGCGGCGGCGCGCCGGCCGGGAGGCGCCGUUCCAGAGCCGCCGGUCGAACGCGGUCAUCGACCACUUCGGCGGCGCCCCUGGAGGCCGCUCCCCAGCCGCGCAGGGCACUGCCGAGAGGAGGUGCUUCAGCGACCCCGCCCGCAGCCCCAGCAGCGCCCAGGCGGCGGCCGCGGCCGCGCCGUCGCCCGCGGCGGCGACCAGGUCGCCGUCAGCCGACGCGGGCGGCGGCGGCCGAGACCGCGCCGCUCGCCGGCCUGGCGGCGACAGAGGCCGGCGGGACUCCGUGGGCAGCAGCGUGCGGAACGGGAGCUCGGAGAGGACGGCGUCCUCCACCGAGAUCCUCGCGAGCGCCGCGCAGGGGCUCCAGGCCCUGGCCGCGCGGAGCGCCCGCUCGGGCACGCCCUCCUCCGCGGGCCGCACGGUCAGCCCCGGCUCCGGCACCGGGUCUCCGACGAGGCCAGGCCUUCCCCACGCCAAUCGGGCGCCUUCUGAAGCCUCCGCCGCGCGCCACGGGCGGCCGUUGUAA